CGUCAGGAUAAUGGGCCUGAAUCCUGCAAAGGUGUGGAUAGCAAAGGAUCAUAGCUUUAAGGGACAAUUUCCCGGUUAUGACGAUUAUCGUGCAUCGGUUAUGGCAGGGAGCAUGCACCCCCCACGUCUUCAACGUGCGUUUGAUCAACAAGAAGCACCUCGCAUCUUUCCAGGGCCGGAUGAGCCUCCUGCUGGUAUCAGGCUCUUAGAUGGUGAUGCAUCUACUAGUACAGUCCACUUGGCUGGGCGAGAACGGUCAUUUCGCAAUACCUUGGACACGUUCCUGUACAUGCCUCGAUGUUUGGCCGUGUUUGUCAAUCAAACGGAUGGCCUUUCGAGACAUGACAAUCUGCAACAUCAUGGUCACAACAUGGCGAAUGACCUCCAGCUGCUCUGAGUGCGCGACUCAGUAUCCACCAACAUGUUAACUGAGAGUCACCGGCAUGCAGACUCAUAAGCAGGAGCAUCGUGAUGCGGGCACAAUACCCCACCUGUAUCGGUCAAGCUCACCAAGCACGACCAGCACCGGGGGAGAAAGCUUGCUACCCCGGAAUCACACACCCGUCUCGUAUCUGAACGUUAUCACAAAGUGAUGAAGGCGUCGCGGGGGGAUCGCACGGCAUGCGCCACGCAGAAGGCCUGGUCCUGGCGCUCGAAUCGGAUCUCCAUGGCGUCUCCAUUGAGGUUCGCGAUGUAUAAGUGACUGCAUCUGCGUGGCGUUGCCAACUUGCAGCGGAUGGUGGUAAGAUGACGGCGCAGUCUGUACCAAUCGAAUGCCACGAGGCUUGCUGGUCACACUUACUAACAAUGUCGCAACCCGAGUAUGCGAACUGCGAGCAUGGUGGACAGAGAAGGUGGAAAGGGGAAGGAUGGUCGGUCGAAUGGGCCAUUCCCGCGGCCGGCUUGUUGGGGCCCAACCACGGAGGACGGUGCAUGUCGUCUGUCGGAUGACUCCCCAGUUGUCUGGUUGUCUGAUAUCGUCACUCUUUGACGUCUCGUUCAGUGUGUCUGCAGGUGUUCUGAGAAGCCCAGCCGGAACACUGUCGUUAAUCUGCCUGGACAUCGCUCGAUCAAAGAGUCAGGCUGCGCUUAAACCGGCGGUAAUUGGGUGAGGGAAGAAAAAUGAUGCGGCGCGGGUGAGCGGGGACGAGGUAUGAUUGACGGAGAUUCGCUUGACGUGGAGUGAUUCAUGGAUUUGCGCAAUCGCACCGGCAGAGGAAAUCGCUGCGCCGUUCGGAAGGCUGUCGGUUCGGGAGAGCAGCUCGUAGACUAGCGUGUAGGAGGUAUCGGUCAGCCUCCGCCGUAAUGGGCUCUUUGGAAGCACCUGCUGGAUCCGGGGUUAUUGUCCGGGUCGCUUCAUUCUGUGGUAGAGGUGGCUAUGCCGGAGGGACGCGAGGGACUCACCGGUGAUGGAAAUUGAUGAGUUGGCAAUCAUGGCUUCGGCGGUUUGCAAGGCCAGAUGACCAUCAUUUCAAGCAUUUCCAACGGUUGCGUGGCCGGCUAGAACGCAGUGAGGGUUGUAGCCAUGAGCGGGUGGUGGUACUGGGCAGCCCCUCCUCUCCACACCAUCAUGGACGCUGACGAUGGUGGGAUGGGUCGCGCCAGAUAAGCUGCCCUGGCUGCCAAAGGAGGGACGGGACGGUGGCAUCAACGGGACGGCGAAGCAAGGCCAUGUGAUUGCGAGAUUAUCCAGGAUUGGAUGGGAUUUGGUGCAGUGCAAAGGUGAGGUGAGGUCUGGUUCUUGUGUCGUUGACUCGGCAAGUUGGAGAAAG